ACUAAAAUUUUUUUAUAUAUAAAAAGAGAAGAAAAAAAAAACAAAAUCAACCGCUUCCAAUAACUUCCAAAGCUUUUAUAAACUAAAAAAAAAAAUUAAAAUAAAAACUAAGCGCACAUAAAAUUCUUUAAUUCUUUUGUAAAUUAAAACUGCUUUCUUCCUAAAAAAAUAAUUACUCUAAAUAUUUCUAUAUAAAGAUAACAAAUACUACUUUGCUUAAAAACGAAACAUACAUAAAUUUUCGAACUUUUUUUCAAAUAAAAACAAAACAAAAAACCAAUGACAACUUUAAACGAAAUUAUUCGUAAUUAACAAAAGAAAACACAAAAUAUCAAAACAAAUUUUUAUAAUUUUUUCUCUCUCCCUCUCCAACAACUUCUCCAACCCCCACAAAAUAAAAAAAAAACAACAAAAAAGUGUUAAUUUUUUCCACAAUAACAAAAAACAUUUGCAACGUUCUAAAGAGAAAUAUUAAUAAAUUAGCAUUUAAGCUUAAUAAUACGUUAAUUUUCACGGAAAUCGAGAAAAAUAAAAAGUUUAAUUAUUCAGAUACAAUAAUAUACAACAACAACUAACUAAACUAAACUAGUCUACUAAAUAUUGAACUCACUCGCUUCCAUAAUGUCGGAACCUAUAAACAAUAUAAACAUAACGACGUCAUCGUCAACAUCAUCAUCAUCAGCUACCACAUCAGCCUGCUCUUCAUUAUCGGCGGCCAAUUUAGCCUCCUCAUCUAGCAAUUGCGGCGUUACGACAAUGCUAAAUGGUCACAUUGGCACGCAUUUUACGUCAAAACAUAAUUUUGAACGUUAUACCAGCCAUAGUGAUGAAUACGUUUCCAUACCACAAUUCUAUGCGGGACGCAGUGUUUUUAUUACCGGUGGCACUGGAUUUAUGGGAAAGGUCUUGGUUGAAAAACUAUUACGCUCUUGUCCGGAUAUAAAAAAUAUUUAUCUACUGAUACGGCCCAAAAGAGGGCAAGAAGUUGCCACACGUCUCGACGAAUUGCUAGAUGCACCACUUUUUGAAAAACUAAGAAGAGAGAAACCAAAGGAUUUGAGUAAAGUAAUUCCUAUAUCGGGUGAUAUAACAUCCGAAGAAUUGGGUAUUUCGGAAAGUGAUCAGGCUAUACUGUGUCGCAAUGUAUCGAUUGUAUUCCAUUCAGCUGCCACUGUUAAAUUCGAUGAAAAGCUCAAAUUAUCAGUUACAAUCAAUAUGUUAGGGACAAAACGUUUGGUUGAAUUGUGUCAUCGUAUGAUGUCUUUAGAUGCACUAAUUCAUGUAUCCACUGCCUAUUGCAAUUGCGAUAGAACCGAAGUAUCUGAGGUUAUAUAUGCACCACCCUAUAAUCCCGAUGAUAUUAUUUCUUUAGUUAAUUGGCUUCCGGAAGAGAUACUCGAUACGCUAACUCCCUCACUGAUUGGUAAACGCCCAAAUACUUAUACAUUUACAAAAGCCUUAGCUGAACAUAUGCUACUCAAGGAGGCUGGUAAUCUUCCAGUUGCCAUUGUGAGGCCAUCUAUAGUGACUGCCAGCUUAAAUGAACCUUUUGCCGGUUGGAUUGAUAAUUUUAAUGGUCCCACUGGUCUCUUAUCUGCCAUGGCCAAAGGUCUAUUUCGCACAAUUGUGUGUGAGAAAAAGUGCAUUGCCGAUGUGGUACCUGUUGAUAUUGUGAUUAAUCUAAUGAUAACGGCUGCAUGGCGCACAGCAUCCCAUAAAACUAACGAUAAUUUAUUAAUUUAUAAUUGUUGUACCGGUCAACGACAUCCCAUCACGUGGGGUAAAUUUGUUAACUAUGCCAUUGAACAUGUUCGUAAACAUCCAUUAGAGGGUUGUUGUUGGUAUCCUGGUGGCGUUUUACGUCGAAAUGUUACCAUAAAUGCUAUACAGGGCUUUGUUUUACAUUAUAUACCAGCCUAUAUACUGGAUAUUAUUGCACGAUUUGCUGGUAAAAAACCAUUUGUUGUUAAAGUCCAAAAUAAAAUCGCCAAAGCUGUAGAUUGUUUACAAUAUUUUGCCACCCAUCAGUGGCAAUUCAAAGACGAUAAUGUUUAUGGUUUAUUACAAACACUGAGUCCAAAGGAUCGUGAAACGUUUGUAUUCGAUGUGACCACAAUUAAUUGGGAAAAAUAUAUGGAACGAUACGUUUUAGGCUUUAGACAAUUUCUAUUUAAACAAAAACCACAAUCAUUACCUGGCAGUCGAAAGCGAUUAUUAAGAUUGUAUUAUAUAAAUCAAUUAACAAAAUUAUUAAUGGUCGUAUUUACUUGGCGUUUUCUGAUGUCACGUUCAAAACGUUUGAAUGCCUUGUGGUCAACAUUUUUACAAAAUCUUUUUAAAAUAAUGCGUCUUAUGCCAUUUUUGUAAUAUAUCUAUAUCUAUUAUAAUUUCAAAUAUACUCAAAUCUCUAUUUUGAAGUAUAGAAAAUUUAAAACAAAAAAAAACCAAUAACAACAACAAAAACAACAAAAAACAAACAUAAUUAAGCAUAUACAUAUAUAAAUAAAUAUAUAUAUAAAUAAUAUUAUAUAAAAGAAAAGGAAAACAAUAUUUAAUUAAGGAACUCUUGUCUUUUUUUAUUAUUAUUAUUUUAUUUUUAUUAAUUAUUAUUUUGUUUUAUAAUUUAAAUUGAAUGCGAACAAAAACAAAAAUGGAAAAAAACUAACUUAAUUAAUUGUUUAUAAAAAGAAAUUAGUGUUUAAUUAUUAUUAUUAUAUUAUUAUUAUCAUUAUUAUCAUUACGAUGUAUUUUUUCAUGUUUUUUAUAAUUUUAAUUAUAUUUUAUUUUAAAUUAAUUUUUGCUUAAACGAAUAAAUUUUUGUUUAUAAAGGGGUAAAAAUCCCAGUUGUAUUUUUCGUUUUACGAAAUUAUGCUCGAUAUACAUAUGUAGUAUGCUUAGCUUAUUUCUAUAGGUUUUAUAAUUUAGAUUUUUCUAGGCAGGUUAAAGGUUUAAUUAUAUUUUAAUAAUUAGAUUUCUGUAACAAAAUGUAGUCAAGUCUUUUGGGUAAAGGCAAUUAUUAAAGGAUUUUUUAGAAUAAUUUUUUCUAUUUUUGAUUACUUUUCUUUUUAACUCUGUAUUUAUGUUUCUUAAUUGAUUUCCUUUAAAUAUUUUCAUUAUAUUUUUAACCAAAACAAAACAAAAAAAACUUUAACAAAAAACCACAAGCAAUUCUUCUUAAACUAUUUCUAAAAAAUCUAAAACCAUAAAGAAAACCAACAUUAGCUGUAGUCCUAAAAAUUUAUAUUAAAAGAAUAACAAUCUAUUAAAUAAACAAAUUAAAAACUUAGAGCAGUUUUUAUUAACAAACAAAAAAAAAAUAAUGCUUAUUGUUGCUUAAAUAUAAAACAAAACAAAACAAUUAUAUAGUAAAAUUAACAUUAACAAGCAGAGAAAGAAAAACAAAAAAAACAUUGGUAUUAAUAUUAAACAAAUAAUAAAUUUAGUUUAAACAAUUUUUACAAAAGUUAAUAUUAAAUAAAUACAAAACAAGUAAAUGCUAAAAUUAAUUGAUAAACAAUUUCUAAACAAUACAACAACAACAAAAUACAAAAAAUUUACAAAAAUUUGCAACUAAAAACAUAAAAAAAUUACAUUUAAAGCAAACAUCCAUUAGUUUUUAUUAAAUUAUCAAAAAGAAACUCUAAAAAAUAUAUAUUAUUUAUAAUACAACAAACAAACAACAAAAAAAAUUUAUAAAAAAUUAAAAAAAAAUUCUUUAAAUAAAAGAACAAGAAAAAAAAUA